GGCAACCACCACCAUAGCAACCAGCUCCGUGCCCACUGGCACCACGGCAACCACCACCAUAGGAACCGGCACCGACCCCACUGGCACCACGGCAACCACCACCGUAGCUACCGGCUCCGCCCCCACUGGCACCACGGCAACCACCACCGUAGCUACCGGCUCCGCCCCCACUGGCACCAUGGCAACCACCACCGUAGCUACCGGCUCCGCCCCCACUGGCACCACGGCAACCACCACCGUAGCAACCGGCUCUGUGCCCACUGGUACCACGGCAACCACCACCGUAGCAACUGGCUCCGCCCCAACUGGUACCAUAGCAACCACCACCGUAGCAACUGGCUUCGUGCCCACUGGCACCACGGCAACCACCACUGUAACUACCGGCUCCGCCCCAACUGGUACCACGGCAACCACCACUGUAGCAACCAGCUCUGUGCCCACUGGCACCACGGCAACCACCACCAUAGCAACCGGCUCUGCCCCCAGUGGCACCACGGCAACCACCACCAUAGGAACCGGCACCGCCCCAACUGGCACCACGGCAACCACAACCAUAGCUACCGGCUCCGCCCCAACUGGUACCAUGGCAACGACCACCGUAGCAACUGGCUCCGCCCCCAGUGGCACCACAGCAACCACCACCAUAGGAACUGGCUCCGUGCCCACUGGGACCACGGCAACCACCACCAUAGCAACCGGCUCCGUCCCCACUGGCACCACGGCAACCACCACCGUAGCAACCGGCUCUGUGCCCACUGACACCACGGCAACCACCACUGUAGCAACCAGCUCUGCCCCCAGUGGCACCACGGCAACCUCCACCGUAGCAAGUGGCUCCACCCCCAGUGGAACCACGACAACCAGCCCCAUAGCAACUGGCUCUGCCCCCACUUCUGGGUCUCCAGCCCCCUCUGUGACCUCAUCAACUCUGCCAGGCACCUCCUUCCCAUGCCCCCCGAACGCCCACUAUGAGGCCUGCGGCCCAGCCUGCCCCCCGCGCUGCGACGACCCCCAGCCGAGCUGCGACCUGCCCUGCCAGCCGAGCUGCCAGUGCGACCCAGGGCACCUGCUGAGCGGGGAGCGCUGCGUCCCCACCGCCGACUGCGGCUGUUUCUACAACCACACCUACCUCCAGCCUGGUGAGGUGAUCUACGCUGACGGCUGCCAGGAGAUCUGCCAGUGUCUCUCUAACAACAACACCCGCUGCUCUGAUGCCAGCUGCCGACCCAACGAGCACUGCGUCAGCCAUGGGGACGGGGUGCAGGGGUGCUUCCCAAUAGACUCCGCGACCUGCGUGGCGUCGGGCGACCCCCACUACACCACCUUCGACAAGAGGAAGUUCGAUUUCCAGGGCACCUGCACCUACGUGCUGGCCCAGCCCUGCAACGCCAGCCUGGCCCCGGCCCCCUUCGCCGUCCGCGCCGCCAGCGAGCACCGGCACGGCCACAGCACCGUCUCCUACGUCCGGGCCGUGGUCCUGGAGCUGCCCGGGGCCACCGUCGGCCUGCUCAAGAACCGCGUGGUGCAGGUGAACGGCUCCCAGGUGACCCUCCCCGCGGUCCCCGCCCCCGGCGUGUCCGUCCGUCUGUCCGGGGCGUUCGCCGAGGUCCGGACGGAUUUCGGGCUGGUCGUCCGGUACGACGGGAACCAUUACGCCGAGGUCCGGGUCGGCCAGCAGUAUCGGGGUGCCCUGUGCGGGCUCUGCGGUGACUACAACGGGGACCCCGGCGACGACUUCCGGACCCCGGCGGGGGCCGCGGCCGGCUCGGCCGGGGAGUUCGGGGACAGCUGGGGCGUCGGGAACUGCACCCCGACCGGCCCCCCCGGCCCCCCCCAGUGCCCCGCGGACGCGCGGCUGGACUACGAGGGGCCCGGGGCCUGCGGGAUCCUGCUGGCCCCCGACGGGCCCUUCGCCCCCUGCCACGGCCAGCUGAGCCCCAUGACCUUCUUCCGGGACUGCGUGUUCGAUCUCUGCGCCCUGGGGGGCGACCGGCGCCAGCUCUGCUCCGCCCUGGGCAGCUACGGGGCCCAGUGCCAGACCCACAGCGUCAGCCUGGGCCCCUGGCGCAACCAGACCCUCUGCCCCAUGCUCUGCCCCACCCACAGCCAUUACGAGCCCUGCGGGCCCCCCUGCCCGGCCGCCUGCCCCGAGGCCGGGGUGAGGGGCUGCCAGGGCCCCUGCCUGGAGGGGUGCUCCUGUGACCCCGGCUUCCUGCUCAGCGGGGGGGGCUGCGUCCCCCAGGGGGGCUGCGGCUGCAGCUACGCCGGGGGGUACCACGAGCUGGGCGAGGAGUUCUUCGGGCCGGGCUGUGGGUCGCGCUGCCGCUGCGAGGGGGGCAACCGGACCCACUGCCAAGCCUGGCAGUGCCGCCCCACGGAGACCUGCGGGCUGCACAAUGGCCUGUACGGCUGCCACCCCACAGCCAGCGCCCCCUGCUACGUCUCCGGGGACCCCCACUACCAGACCUUCGACGGCCGCCGGCUCGACUUCAUGGGCACCUGCACCUACACCCUAGCCCAGCCCUGCGGCAACUACACGGGGCCCUGGUUCAGCGUCGAGGGCAAGAACGAGGCGCGGGGCCGCCGGGGCGUCUCCUACCUGCGCGCGGUGCACGUCCGCCUGCCGGGGGCCGGCCUCACCCUGCGGAAGGGCCGGCGCGUCCUGAUCAACGGGACGCGGGUGACGCUGCCGGCCAGGCCCACCCGGGACGCCUCCGUGGCCCUCAGCGGCCAGUACGUGGCCGUGGAGACCUCGUUCGGCCUGGCCCUGCGCUGGGACGGGACCCACUACCUGGAGAUCCGGGCCCCCAGCUCCUACUCCGGCCUCCUGUGCGGGCUCUGCGGGAACUACGACGGGCAGCCCGACAACGACGCCCUGACGCCGGACGGGCGGCCGGCCGCCGACGGGGCCGCGCUGGGGAACAGCUGGCAAACCCCCGACGACGAGGACCCGCAGUGCCGACCCGACGUCUCGGACAAGCCCGUCUGCACCCCGGGCGGUGAAAUAACGACCAGCUGCGACCGGCUCCGCGACCCCCAGGGGCCUUUCAGGGACUGUCACAAACUGCUCCCCCCCACCCCCUAUUUGGAGAACUGCCUCUUCGACAUGUGCCAGUACCAGGGGCUGCAAGAGACCCUCUGCGCCCAGCUCCAGGCCUACACGGCCGCCUGCCAGGCCGCCGGCGCCCCCGUGCACCCCUGGAGGGGCCCCCAGCUCUGCCCUCUGGCGUGCCCGGCGAACAGCUCCUACGCCCUGUGCGCCCAGCCGUGCCCCCCCACCUGCAGCCCGGCCGUGGAGCCCGUCGAGUGCCCGGCCCAGCGCUGCGUGGAGGGGUGCGAGUGUCUCCCGGGCUUCGUGCUGAGCGGGGAGGAGUGCGUGGCAGCGAGCCGGUGCGGGUGCACAGGGCCCGGCGGCGACUACCACCCGCUCGGCGAGGGCUGGUACAACGCGGCGUGUAGCGAGAGAUGCACCUGCCAGGGCCAGGACGACAUCCGGUGCCAGCCAGCCCGGUGCCAGCCCCAGGAGCUGUGCCAGCGGCGGGAGGGCGAGUACGGCUGUUACCCCACCGGCUGGGGGGGCUGCGUGGCGGCGGGGGACCCCCACUACACCACCUUCGACGGGCGGCUCUUCCACUUCAUGGGCACCUGCAGCUACACCCUGACACGGACCUGCAACGCCAGCGCCGGGCUCCCCGGCUUCUCCGUGGAGGCCGCCAACGAGCACCGGGGGGCCAGCACCCGGGUCUCCUACGUCCGCGCCGUGGCUGUGGAGGUGUUCGGCCACCGGGUGGCGCUGCUCAAGGGGCGCCGAGUGAUGGUGGACGGGCAGCGGGUGACCCUGCCGGUGGCCCUGGCCGGGGGCCGGCUCGAGGUGCGGCUCAGCGGUGGCUACGCUCUGCUGCAGACGGACUUCGGGCUGCGGGUUCGCUACGACGGGAGCCAGCGGGUCGAGGUUCUGGCGCCGUCGUCCUACGCCGGGCGCCUCUGCGGGCUCUGCGGGAACUACAACGGGCAGAGCUCCGACGACAACCUCAUGCCCAACGGCACCUCGGCCGACACCGACGCCGACCGCCUGGGCGAGAGCUGGGCAGUGCCGGGUGCCAGCAGCCCCGGCUGCACCAACUCUGGGGAUCCGGGCGAAUGUGACCCAGAGAUCGACCUGGAAGCUCAGAAGCCGACUAGCUGUGGAGCCCUGACGGACCCCCAGGGCCCCUUCGCCCCCUGCCAUGGGGCCGUGCCCCCCGCGGAUUCCUUCAAGAGCUGCCGCUACGACCUGUGCGGCACCGGGGGCGAGACGACCGCCCUCUGCUACGCCCUGCAGUCCUACGCCGACCGCUGCGCCCAGGCCGGGCUCCCCCUCGCCUGGAGGAACAGCAGCCUGUGCCCCUUGAUCUGCCCCCCUGGCAGCACCUACACCCCCUGUGCCAGUCCCUGCCCGUCCAGCUGCACCGACCCGGGGGCGCCCAACAGCUGCCCGGCCCUGCCCUGCGUGGAAGCCUGCGCCUGCAACGACGGCUACGUCCUCAGCGGGGAGACCUGCGUCCCCCUGAGCCAGUGCGGCUGCAGCGACACGGACGGGCGGUACCACCCGGUGGGCGAGAGCUGGAUGGCAAACCAGAACUGCACCGAACGCUGCACCUGCUCCAGCGCCAACAACAUCAGCUGUGAGCCCUGGAGCUGCAGCCCCGUGCAGCAGUGUCGGCUGGAGGACGGGCUGCUGGGCUGCCAGGACACAGGGGUGGCCUCCUGCCACGUGGCCGGGGACCCUCACUACUUCACCUUCGAUGGGGCCAUGGUGACCUUCCUGGGCACCUGCACCUACACCCUGGUGACCGUGUGCCGCGGGGACGGGCGCCUGGAGCCCUUCAACGUCACGGGCAAGAACGAGGAGCGGGGCCGGCCCGAGGCCUCCUACCUGCGCCUGGUGCACGUGGAGAUCGGCGGGGCCCGCUUCACGCUCAUGAAGAACCGACGGGUGCUGGUGGACGGGGAGCGGGUCCGCACCCCGGUGCUGGGCCGGGUCCCCGGCGUCUCCGUCAGCACCAGCGGCGUCUACACGGAGCUGCGGAGCCGGGCCGGGCUGCUCGUCCGCUUCGACGGGAACCAGCACCUGGAAAUCCAGCUCGCCGGCGUCUACUUCGGCCAGGUCUGCGGCAUGUGUGGGAAUUACAACAACCGGAGCCAGGACGACCUGGCCCUGCCCAGCGGCCGCCCGGCCGCCAACGCCACCGACUUCGGCAACAGCUGGCGGGCGCCCGGCGACCCCGACCCGGGCUGCCAGCCGGACAACCGCGAGGACCUGGCCCCCCGCUGCAGCCCGCAGGAGAAGGAGCGCUUCCUCGCCCUGUGCCGGGAGAUCCUCUCCCCCAAAUACCAGGCCUGCCACGGGCUCCUGGACCCCCAGCCCUUCGUCCAGAGCUGCCUCUUCGACAUGUGCGAAUACCAGGGCAUGGCCUCCACCCUCUGCGACAUCCUCCAGGCCUACGCCGAAGCCUGCAAGAGCCAGGGCCUGGCCGGCCUCUCCUGGAGAAACAGCACGUUCUGCCCCCUGCCGUGCCCCCCGCGCAGCCACUACACCGAGUGCGCCCCGCCCUGCCCGGCCACCUGCUCCGACCUCUACGCCCCGGCCAGCUGCCCGAGCCCCGCGGCCUGCGUGGACGGCUGCGCCUGCGACCGCGGCUACGUGCUCAGCGACGAGACCUGCGUGGCCAUGGGGGAGUGCGGGUGCCUGGAUGACCGGCAGGGCUACCAUAGCGCCGGGGACGCCUGGCUGAGCAGCGACUGCCGCGAACGCUGCGCCUGCCUGGCGAACGGUAGCGCCUCCUGCCAGCUGUUCCAGUGCCCGGCCGGGUCCCGCUGCAGCCUCAGCCGCGCCGGGGUCCGCUACUGCCAACCCACCGAAUUCCACGCGUGCACCAUCUCCGGCGACCCCCACUACCGCACCUUCGACCGCUACGUCUACCACUUCCAGGGCCGGGCCACCUACGCCCUGACGGCCACCCUGCCCACCCUGCCCCCGGCCCUGCCCCCGCUGAGCGUCUCGGGCCGCAACCGGCGCUGGGUCGCCCGCCACCGGGUCUCCUUCCUGCGCGAGGUCUACGUCUCGGUGUACGGCCACCGGGUCACCAUGAUGGAGGGCUGCAAGCUGGCGGUGAACGGGCUGCGGGUGAUCCCCCCGUUCCAGCCCACGGAGGGGCUCAGUAUUACGCAGAGGGGACGCAGCCUCUUUCUGCAGACGGACUUCGGCCUCUCGGUCUCUUUCGAUGGCCGGGACCACUCAGAGAUCGUGCUCCCGGCCACGUUCCGGACCCACGUCGGGGGGCUGUGCGGGAAUUACGACGGGCGCCGGGACAACGAAUACACCAAGCCGGACGGCAGCCAGACCCGCAGCCCCACCGUGUUCGGGGAGAGCUGGGCCCUCAGUGCCCCCUGGGGCCGGGCGCUGGGCCUGCCGGAGCCCCCCCGGGCCAGGCGAGCGGCGCCGGAGGCCCCCCCGGAGUCGGGGUUCGAGGCUCAGUGCACCCCGGCCCAGCUGGCGUCGGUGAACGGGACGCGGCUCUGCGGGGCCCUCGGCGACCCCCAAGGACCCUUCCAGGCCUGCCACGGCGAGCUGGGCCCCGGCCCCUUCCAGGAGAACUGCGUCUACGACGUCUGCGCCGUGUACAACAACUCGGAGCUUCUGUGCGACAGUUUCAGCGUCUACGUCCAGAGCUGCCAGGGCCUGGGGCUGGCGCUGCCCGGCUGGAGGGAGGCCACGGGCUGUGCUCUGGCCUGCCCGGCCCACACCACCUACCAGCCCUGCAUGACGGCCUGUCCCGCCAGCUGCGCCCACCUGGCCGCGCCCGCGUCCUGCGACGCCCCCUGCCUGGAGGGCUGCGCCAGCGACCCCGGCUACGUCCUCAGCGGCCUCGACAGCGUCCCCUACAGCCAGUGCGGCUGCACCCAGCACGGCCACUACUACCAGAUCAAUGACACGUUCCUGACGGCUGACUGCGCCCAGCGCUGCACCUGCCUGGAGACGGGGGCCCUGCGCUGCGAACCGGCCGGCUGCGUCGAGCCCCUGAUCUGCGCCGUCGCCAACUACACCCAGGGCUGCUACCGCGCCAGCCCGUGUCUCAGCAGCCCCUGCCAGAACGAGGGCUGGUGCCAGGAGGCGGCCGGCGGGUACGAGUGCCACUGUGCCGAGGGCUACGCGGGGGGGCUCUGCGAGCGGGUGACGGCCGACGCGGCCCCGGAGGCCCCGGCCCCGCCAGGUCACCUCACCGCCAUCCUCGUGGGCGUCCUCGUCCCCCUGGCGCUGAUCGUCCUGGUCGUCGCCGGCGUCUGCCUCUGCCGACGGAGACAGCGGCGGACGUCUCGCAGAGGACGCAGGAGCAGCAUCCCAGUGACGGCAGCCCUGGGCCAGGGGGACCCCGUGAACCCCGGCACUGAUCGCAUCACCCGGUUCUGAGGCCCUGCCCCUCUCCCGUGACGGCUCAGCCCUGUGACGGGGGGCAGGCGUGGGGGCUGCCGGCACCGGACAUUGCACCCCAGUGGCGACGGGCACCUCCUGAGGCCGGACUCCUGGGUCCUUUCCCUGGUGUCACCCCAUCCCGUCCG